AUUGAAAGCACAGCAGUACCGAACACAACCCUCAUCCAACUCAUGGGGAAUGGGGACCUUAAAGAUCAUAACCAUCAUCCAAACUGUUGCUUUAAUACAAGGAUACGACAGUCUCAUCUCUGCUGAGCCUCCAAAGGUCAGGGUCAAUGUAAAACAUCAGGGAUCUGGCUCGUGCUCCUGGAAUCUCAGCACCUCUUCAGAUAUAGCCGUGGAGGAUAUUAACCGUCUCUCCUCUCAGAUCUGUCUGUCUCUGGGAUGUGGUGAUGUGUAUAAAUUAAGGGCACGUGAAGCAGAGAUCAACAGUACCUGUCUCACAGGCUGCCUUUACCAUGACUCUGAGAUAAGCAACUGCAGUAAGACUGUGGGAAGCCACUGUAAGAAGCUUUCUGAGGUCAUUUGCGGUUCUCCCAUUGUGGCUCAAAUAUCUAGACCAUGUUCCUGGACUAUCAAAUCCCCAGACCCAGAAUCUCCUGUGUAUCUGACUGAAGACACUGUCCACAGUGUGUCCCGUGAGGUAUGCCGAGAGCUUGGCUGUGGAGAGGUCUACAAUCUCAGUCAGAGCAGUGGAUUUAACACAACUUGUUUCACAAACUGUGUUUAUCACAACAAUCAGCUGAAGAACUGUAGUGAGGUUAUUAACUCCAGUUGCUCAGUCCUUUCUGAAGUUAAAUGUGGCAAUGCUGCCGUUCGGUUGAUGGGGGGCGGUCAUCGCUGCGGGGGCCGUGUGGAGGUGUGGAGGGGCUCCUGGGGCACAGUGUGUGAUGAUGGAUGGGAUAUGGACGAUGCACGAGUGGUGUGUGCACAGCUGGGCUGCGGGUACGCUGUGUCUGUCAGCGGGCAAGGUGAGCCGUACGGCCAGGGCAGAGGCUCCAUACACAUGGAUGAGCUCAACUGCACUGGAAAAGAGAGGAGUUUAUGGGAAUGUCCUGCGAUUACGAAUGGACAUGACUGUGGACAUAAGGAGGAUGCAGGUGUGGUCUGCUCAGAAUACAAGGCUCUGCGACUGACAGGAGGUCUGGACCGAUGCUCUGGGAGAGUGGAGGUCCAUCGCAAUGGUAGCUGGGGGACAGUGUGUGACACGUCCUUGCAGAAGGAAGAAGCCAAAAUGGCCUGUAAUAUGCUGAACUGUGGAGAAGCCAAACAAUUCACAGCUUUCGACCCAGCCUUUAAGCAUAAAAAUGGAACACUCUGGUAUUUUCACUGUCUUCGGGGAGAGAAAGACCUGUGGCAUUGUCAGGAAAUCAUUAAUAAUAUGAACUUGUGCAAUGACCCAAAAGCAGCUGGGCUGAUUUGCAAUAAUUCUCUUGGUCUGCCUGUUCCCACCAGUCCACCAUCAACCUCAGCACCAGCAACCACAGUGACUAUGACAAUGGAAAAACCACCUGGAUUCUUCCCGACUUUAGAGCAACUGGGGUGUUUUGUUCUUGCUUUCUUUCUUUUGAUUGCAGUCAUCACAAAUAUCCUCUUGUGUCAUCAUAAUAAAAAGAAGAAAGCUGCUGUGGCCCAGAAGAGAUACAUGAACCUGCAGGCCCCAGCCGAAGCAGAGGAAAACAACUACAGAGAAUCUGUGCAUCUCGUCAAAGUCACAAACAAUAGCAGCGAGCCUGAGGUCCCUGUAUCACCUCUGCGUAUCUGGGCUCAGAGUAGCAUUGAGAGUGGAUCGUAUGACACAGACUAUGAGCAACAUGACAUCAGUCCGGAAACGGCUUUUCCUUUAUCCACUUUUCAAAACUCGAUGCGAUACAGUGCAGAUGGUAAAAGGCCUGCUGCGAGGGUCACAAACCUGAACAGUGUGACGGAGGAAGCUGUCCCUGCAGAGGUCACAGUGGGAGGAUACCAGCAAAUCUCUACCCAUAAUGCACUGCAGAUGCAUGGGUCUGCUACAAGUGUGGACACGUUUGAGUCAUCCUGCACUUCAUCAGGAGAAUGCUAUGAAAACACAGGCACAAUUGCACAGGACCUGUGCUCACAGGAGUCUGCUGAAUGCUAUGAAAAUACAGGGGACCAGCUACAAACUUCAGAUUUCUUGAAGCAGGGAUCUGAAAGGUCAUUCCUAUGCCCCAACACAGAUCCUCCCUUCAGUUACCAAGAGCUAGAUAAAGAGGGCGGCAGCAGAGAGGACUCCCCGUUGUACUCACCCGUCAGCUAUGAUAAUGAGGCAGUCUCUGCAGAAUGUGACUAUGAUGACAUUGGCAAUUAUUUGCAACAACCUAGUCAGUUAUAUUAGACACUGUGAUGUGGAUACAUUUACACUUAAAAAUAAUGGUGAUGUUUAAUGUAUGAUGAAAUAACCACAGCGAUGCCUUAGAAGAACCAUUUUGGUUCCACAAAGAAGUAUUCAAGGUUCUUUAAAGAACCAUCUCUUUCUGUAGUUUAAAAAAAAAAGAUAUACUUUUUAUAAUCUGAAGAACCUUCUUUUACCGAAAAAAAAACCUUUUGUGAAACUGAAAGUUUCUUCAGAUGUUAAAGGUUCUUUUUGGAACCAUUUAGACAAAAAGGUUAUUCUAUGGCAUCGUGAAGCACCUUUAUUUUUAAGUUUGUACAUUGAGAAAUAUUCUGACUGUACUACAAGUAUAGAUUUAGAAACCAUACCUGAGAAUCAUUUUACAGUAUAUCAUUCUUCUAUCAGACCUUUCAGUCUGUUUCAGUGUUAUUUCUUUGUUCAUUCAUAUCUGCUUUUACAUAGUACAAUUAAACUUUAUCAU